AUUAUGAAGAAAAGAAAAAUUUAAAAGACAAAAACAGUGUCAAGGCAACGACCAAGCCUCUCAAAAUAUUCUGCGAACUCGACAGAGAGGAAGAAUCGCCACAAAAGAAGAAAGCUUAAGAAGCAAGAUAUUGAUUUCUCCCUAAUUCUUUUUUUUUUAUUCCUCUUCACACGUCUUCGCACCAUUCUUCUUAUAUAAGAAAAAGAACUCUGGUUUACACUUUUGAUUUCAUUAGUGGCAAACUGAUAAAGUCAAGAGCUUUUGCUUUCCAGGUUAUCUGUCACCCAUUUCACAUUCCUCUUCCUCUUCUGCUCUUCUUGAUUGUUUUUGGUAUUCGAUCGAAAGUUUCUUCCUUUUUUGGUUUUGUUGAUUGCUUGCGUGUUCCUCUGUUUUGGGUUCAGGUGAAUUUCGGUGGUCGCUUGAAACUCUGUUCUUUAAAAAAAAGGCUGAGAGGAACUGGUUGGUUUCCUUAGAGGAUCUCCCUUCUCAUUUGAUCUUGGAGGUAUUAACCUCUGGCCGGCUUAACGCUGUUGAUCUACUUAGCCUUGAAUUGACCUCUAAGGUUUUUGGAGGGAGCUCUGGAUUGUUGUACCCUUUGAAGUUCAGAUCACUAGCUGAUUACGCUGCGUCUCGGCUUUGCUAUGUGCAUCCUGUGUACGCGGGAAUGGGUUUGACUACUCAAAAGGAGCUAUUUGCUAACUGUGAGGGGAACUGGAAGCGGCUUUUGAGGUUCUUGCAGUCUGUUGACCAGUCCUCAGAUAUGGUUCAAACCUCUGCAGGCAAUAUGCAAGUUACAACAGGGAGGUAUCACACGUUGCUAAUCAACAACUCAAAGGUCUACUCUUGUGGUUCAAGUUUGUCUGGUGUGCUUGCUCAUGGCCCAGAAACUACUCAAUGUGUGGCAUUUACGCCUAUAGAGUUCCCAUUCUCUGCUAAAGUUGCUCAGGUCUCAGCCACACAUAACCAUUCUGCCUUCGUAUUGCAAUCUGGAGAGGUUCUCACAUGUGGGGAUAACUCAUCGCAUUGCUGUGGUCACUUAGAUACUAGCCGUCCAAUUUUUAGGCCUAAGCUUGUUGAGGCUUUGAAAGGAACUCCUUGUAAGCAGGUUGCUGCGGGGCUGCACUUCUCUGUGUUUCUAUCAAGGGAAGGGCGUGUGUUCACAUGUGGAUCAAACACACAUGGACAGCUUGGUCAUGGCGAUACCUUGGACAGUCCAGUACCCAGAGCUGUUGAAUUUUUCCAAAGCGUUGGCCCUGUGGUGCAAAUUGCAACGGGACCGAGCUAUGUGCUAGCUGUGACGCAGGAUGGCUCGGUUUACUCCUUUGGCUCUGGUUCUACCUUCUGUCUUGGUCAUGGGGAGCAGCAGGACGAGCACCAGCCGCGUGUUAUUCAGGCUUUUAAGAGAAGAGGUGUUCAUAUACUUCGUGUCUCUGCAGGGGAUGAACACGCAGUGGCACUUGAUUCCAAUGGACGUGUUUACACAUGGGGUAAAGGUUACUGCGGUGCUCUAGGCCAUGGAGACGAAAACGACAAGAUCACUCCUCAAGUUUUGGUCAGUCUCAACAACUGCCUUGCUGUCCAGGUGUGUGCAAGAAAGAGGAAGACGUUUGUAUUAGUGGAAGGUGGAGUGUUGUAUGGGUUUGGGUGGAUGGGAUUUGGAAGCCUAGGGUUCCCGGACAGGGGAGCUUCAGACAAAGUCCUGAGGCCAAGAGUGUUGGAGAGUCUGAAACAACACCGUGUCUCUCAAGUUAGCACCGGUUUGUACCACACCAUUGUUGUCACUCAAGGUGGUCGCAUAUUUGGUUUUGGAGAUAAUGAAAGAGCGCAGCUUGGUCAUGACUCACUGCGUACCUGCUUAGAGCCAACCGAGAUUUUUCUCCAUUGUGGUCAUUCUUGUAGUCAAGUUUGUUGAUCCUAAACGUAAAUAAACAAUUGUAUGAACUGGAUUGAGAUUGGAUUAACUGGUCAGUGUAUUUUGUAUGAUUUUGUAUCAGUUUGAUUUUUUUGUUUUGUUUUUUGAGUCAUGGGAUUGUAUCAAAGAUAUUUCGGGUUUUGUGGAUCGUAAAUACUUCUGGUGUGAAUUAAGCUUGUUUUUAUAUACUUAAUGAUUAUUCGAAAAUAAGUUUUACCAAAAUAAUUGUAACGACCGUCACCCGGGUCUCUUUAACCGGUUUAGUUUGUCUAAUUAUUAUUAUUAAACCAAAGCCUUAUUUUUAAGUUGUGCGUGUGUGUAUUUAAAAUGAAUCAAAACCCUAUCAAUUUUAUUUGGUCGAGAGUGGAGCCGCCUUAUCAUAUGAUCAUCUUGUCCUUCUCUCUUUGGUAUCUUCUUCUCCAUGCACCAUUUCUCAUCUCCUCCCGAGCUCUCUUGCCUGUUAGUCUCUUCUGCUCCUUCAUUAUCAUUCAUGUGUUGGUGUGAAAGGAGAGAUCAUCUUUCUUGUGUUCGUGUGUUGACGUUGGAGGAGACGAGACGCGCCGUUCACCAUCAAUCACCACUGGAUCCAUUGUAGCUGAUUCCUAUGGAACUAUCGUUGCUCUUGCUCUUGUUGGUGUCAUGUAGCAGAGCUGAGACGUGGGGGAGAGACAAGCGAUGUCGGCGUUGUCGCUUCUCAUCAUCAUGACGCCGAUCCACACCACCACUAUACCAGCCGUGAACUAGUGGAGGAGUAUGCCAUUUUACCGGAGAGCCGCGGCGUGUCACCGGCGAUAAUACAUCAUGGAGUCUAAGAUCCAUAACCGUGGGCCUUGCUGUGAGGUUGAGUGAUCUUUAUCCACUUACUUGUGCAACAAGUACUCUUAUGUUAUAAACCUUAAAUUAAUUAUAUUUUAAUUAUGUCUUAUUGUUUUGCCUAUAUUCUUUUCCGAUCUGGUGUGUUGUUGGCGAGAUCAAGAUCCAUGGCGAAACCUUAGCUUUCUUGGUGAUCAAGUUAUGUCAUCGUUUUCCGAUCUGAUUCUAGUUCUAGAUAUUGGCUAAGGUGAGGGUUAUUCUGUUUAAUCCCGUGCUAGUUUAGUACUACCAUUAUGGAAAGUUUAGUUUCGAAACAUGUUCCGUCUCUGUGAAUCGAGUCUAACUAGAGUCUUGCUUGUUUUUAUUUUAUUCUUUGUCUAAACCGGAGAUAGGAGAUUAGAUGAUUCAACUGUUGAUUGAUUUGUUUGAUGUUAAAAGACGGUUAUAUAUAAGUAUACAUAUAGUAUGGAUUGGUUAGCCGGAUACAGGGAAGUACUUCUAUAUCGGCCUAUUUGUGUGGAGAUUACGGGGCGUACAGGGAAGCACUUCUGUACCACGUAUGAGCUGCGGGAGUACAGGGAAGCACUUCUGUACUACGUGGCAAUUGUUUGAGUUGAGAUUGCGGGGCAUACAGGGAAGCACUUCUGUACCACGCAUGAGCUGCGGGAGUAUAGGGAAGCACUUCUAUACUACGUAGCAUUGUGUAUGAGGAGAAUGUGGGAGUAUAGGGAAGCACUUCUGUACUACACAUACUUUUGGUAUACAUGAAUAUAAAUAUUUAUAUCCGUACGAGGAGAAUGCGGGGUGCAAAGAAUAGCUAUGUACUAUAAGCGCAUUGGUUGUUAUGUGUGGCACAAUAGGUGUCGUGUUUGUUUCAUGCUAGAGCUACGCCUACAUAGUCGUAGUGCUAUGUACUAAGUCAGUGGUUUGCGGUUUAACAUCCCAUACCUCACUGAGUGACUCCCCUGUUGCUCACCCCUCUUUCUUCCCCUUUCAGGUGAGACUGACGAGCAUGAGUGAUUGCUAUCGGAUAGGUGUUUUUGGGCGUUUAUUUCUUUCUAUUUCAAACUUGCGAUUUUUAUAUUUUUAUCGUAUUUUCAGGAUUUAUUUCAUUAGUUGGAUUUAUGACUAUUUAUCGAAUUUAUGGUAUUUAAAGACUGUUUAUGAGGAUUAAUAAAUAUAGAUUUCAAGAUUAUUAUUUAUUAUAUAAUUUUAGAGAGUUCGGGUAUUACAAUUUGGUAUCAGAGCGGGGCUCCGUCCCGGCUCUGACCCGGUACGGCGAUUUGUGGGACUCGGAUUUCAACGGUUUUCAAUGUUUCGGAAUUGGGGUUAAAAAAAAAAAAAAAUUGACACCAAGAAGUUCAGUAUCAUUCAGUUAGUUCCAGGGUUUCUGAUUUUUUUUCUUUGCAGUAGAAGACCAAGUUUAUCUUCAUUUCCUUUGUUUCCCAUCUCGUGUUAUUCUUUCUUCAUAGUCGUUGAAAUCCUUUCCCAGUUCUCUUUAAGAAUUCGGGACGAAUUCUGAUUAAGUGGGGAAGAAUUGUAACGACCGUCACCCGGGUCUCUUUAACCGGUUUAGUUUGUCUAAUUAUUAUUAUUAAACCAAAGCCUUAUUUUUAAGUUGUGCGUGUGUGUAUUUAAAAUGAAUCAAAACCCUAUCAAUUUUAUUUGGUCGAGAGUGGAGCCGCCUUAUCAUAUGAUCAUCUUGUCCUUCUCUCUUUGGUAUCUUCUUCUCCAUGCACCAUUUCUCAUCUCCUCCCGAGCUCUCUUGCCUGUUAGUCUCUUCUGCUCCUUCAUUAUCAUUCAUGUGUUGGUGUGAAAGGAGAGAUCAUCUUUCUUGUGUUCGUGUGUUGACGUUGGAGGAGACGAGACGCGCCGUUCACCAUCAAUCACCACUGGAUCCAUUGUAGCUGAUUCCUAUGGAACUAUCGUUGCUCUUGCUCUUGUUGGUGUCAUGUAGCAGAGCUGAGACGUGGGGGAGAGACAAGCGAUGUCGGCGUUGUCGCUUCUCAUCAUCAUGACGCCGAUCCACACCACCACUAUACCAGCCGUGAACUAGUGGAGGAGUAUGCCAUUUUACCGGAGAGCCGCGGCGUGUCACCGGCGAUAAUACAUCAUGGAGUCUAAGAUCCAUAACCGUGGGCCUUGCUGUGAGGUUGAGUGAUCUUUAUCCACUUACUUGUGCAACAAGUACUCUUAUGUUAUAAACCUUAAAUUAAUUAUAUUUUAAUUAUGUCUUAUUGUUUUGCCUAUAUUCUUUUCCGAUCUGGUGUGUUGUUGGCGAGAUCAAGAUCCAUGGCGAAACCUUAGCUUUCUUGGUGAUCAAGUUAUGUCAUCGUUUUCCGAUCUGAUUCUAGUUCUAGAUAUUGGCUAAGGUGAGGGUUAUUCUGUUUAAUCCCGUGCUAGUUUAGUACUACCAUUAUGGAAAGUUUAGUUUCGAAACAUGUUCCGUCUCUGUGAAUCGAGUCUAACUAGAGUCUUGCUUGUUUUUAUUUUAUUCUUUGUCUAAACCGGAGAUAGGAGAUUAGAUGAUUCAACUGUUGAUUGAUUUGUUUGAUGUUAAAAGACGGUUAUAUAUAAGUAUACAUAUAGUAUGGAUUGGUUAGCCGGAUACAGGGAAGUACUUCUAUAUCGGCCUAUUUGUGUGGAGAUUACGGGGCGUACAGGGAAGCACUUCUGUACCACGUAUGAGCUGCGGGAGUACAGGGAAGCACUUCUGUACUACGUGGCAAUUGUUUGAGUUGAGAUUGCGGGGCGUACAGGGAAGCACUUCUGUACCACGCAUGAGCUGCGGGAGUAUAGGGAAGCACUUCUAUACUACGUAGCAUUGUGUAUGAGGAGAAUGUGGGAGUAUAGGGAAGCACUUCUGUACUACACAUACUUUUGGUAUACAU